AAAGCAUUGCUACUAACAAUUUCAAUUGAAUUAUGUACAAAUGUGAACACAGUAUUAUUUAUAAUAAAAUAACAUUUAUUUGUUAUUUUAUUAUUCAUUCAUUUCCAAUAAAUUAAUCUCUGAAGAAUUUAAUCAAUCAAAACAAAAAAAAAAAUAAAAGAAAAGAAAAGAAUAAAACUUCCAUAAACUAAUAUUGAUCUUUUUUCCCGAAAGCAUGUCUAAAAGCUAUAACCAGACAAAUCCCCAUUCAUAGUAAUAUGGUGUUGGCUAUAUAUUUGUAUAAACGUGCGUGUCUGGUAGUGUGUAGGCGUGAGGGGGCGUGUCCUUCUUCUUUGCGAGCAAAAUAAAGCCCAUCAACAACAGUACAGGUGCUUAAGCUUAUCUGUGUCCGUCCUUCAACGCUGUGCAGCACGGAGAGCCCGCUCCAGACUGACAGCAGACAAUGACAGGACACCACUGGGGAUACGGAGAAGAGGACGGUCCCUCAGCAUGGCAUAAAAAUUACCCAGUUGCCCAGGGAAGCCGACAGUCUCCUAUUGACAUUAUCCCUCAUCAGGCUUUACAGGAUCGCAGUCUGGGCCCCAUCGUCCUGAACUAUGAUCACUGUACUUCCAUCAACAUUUCCAAUAAUGGACACUCUGUUGUAGUGGAGUUUGAUGACUCUGAUGAUCGCUCAGUGAUCCAGGGAGGCCCUCUUGACAAUCCCUACAGGCUGAAACAGUUCCACUUCCAUUGGGGUGGAAAGGGAUGUGAGGGCUCUGAGCACACUGUUGACGGCUAUGGCUAUGCAUCAGAGCUUCAUUUAGUUCACUGGAAUGCUGUAAAAUACAGUUCGUUUGGGGAAGCAGCAACAGCUCCCGAUGGCCUCGCUGUUCUCGGCAUUUUUCUAGAGACAGGUGACGACCACAGAUGGCUUCAUGUGAUAACAGAUGCUCUGUAUAUGGUCAAAUUUAAGGGUAGUGUGACUGAUUUCAAAGGUUUCAAUCCAAAGUGCCUUCUUCCCAGUAGCCUCCACUACUGGACUUAUCUGGGAUCACUGACUACCCCUCCACUACACGAGAGCGUCAUCUGGAUUGUCCUGAAGGAGCCAAUCGCUGUGUCUGAGAAGCAGCUGGGAAAGUUCAGGUUGCUGCUUUUCUCUGGAGAGGAAGAAGAUCAGAGAACACGCAUGGAAAACAACUUCAGACCUCCUCAACCUCUAAAAGGAAGGAAAGUCCGCUCUUCUAAUUAAUGUGACCUCAGGGUCACCUAAAGCCAUUGAAUUCUGUUUUUAGACCAAAGUAAACAGUUUCUUUCUUUAUAUUUUGUAUGAAAGGAAAAAAAAAGAUGAAUCAGGUUAAUUGUCAGUAAGAAGGACUCUACUUAUUGGGUCAAAAAAGAAAUGUCAUUGCGAUGUUUAAUUUAAAGAAAUGGAUUAUAACAAGAAAGCCAUAUUUUUUGUGUAAUAUUUUAAACCAUAUCCAAAUAUGCAAAUCCCUUACUUUGUGCAGCACUUUUGCAUGAUCACACAUGCAGCUUCAUACAGCAGAAUUAUCUGUCCCUGCUCUUAUAGAUACUCUGUUCUACCACCCUGCUGGCAGAGGAUCAACAGCUUUCUUACUGCCCUCUUGUGUGCUGUUGAUCUGGCCUGGUGGCGACAUGUUCCCUGUCCUUAAGUCCAUAGAUCCCCUUCAAUCAGAUUAGAGGUGCUUUUACAUCGCCUGAUCUGGUGUACAGAAAAAAAAAAGGAAAUGGAAGUUUUAGGGUUGAUUAUCCCUUGAUUUUAAAGGACCUGAAUCAUGAUGGGGAUCUUCUUAUGUUUUUGAUGUACUCACAAUUGCAACGAGGUCCUGUUUUAGUGGGUUUAACAAGAGCAGACGGCGGUUUUGUCCUGAACAUCUUGUUCAGUUUUAUGUGCAAUACAGACACUGACAUGCCUGGCAGAGGCCUUGAUGUUGCAUUUAGCCAAGUUUUAAAAACUGAUUCCCUCCACUCCAUUUAUUGAUUGACACAAGGGAGAACCCAAAAAAGUACACCUAAAUAUAUAAAAAAAUGUAAAAUAUUUUUAAAAUUAGUUUGGAUUGUAUAAAUAUGGGACUGAUGUGUGGUUUGCGUUAUUUUGUGUUGCAUUUUUGUUGAUUGGAAUAAAAUUUUAAGUAAACCCAAUUGUUUCUGUUGUUGUAUAAAUUGAUUGACAAGUUCAUAUGGAAUACUAUAUUUUUAGGUAAACUCAUGAUUUUCAAAUAUGGACUCCAAUAGCAUAAAGAUAAAAGUAAAACAGAGCUUUACUGAGACAGAAAUACAUGACAUAGAAACAUAUAUGAAAAUAAUUGUACAUAAAGAUAAAAAAAGCAUGUUUUUUCAUAGAUAUUGUAAUUGAUCUAUUUUCCUGAUUUACACAGAAUUGACUUGAAAGAUAUUGAUCAAAACAAGUGCUUAAAUUCCCCUUUGCAUAAGCAUCCUGGUAAAAAAAAUAAAUAAAAUGGAUAAAAACGUUUUUGCAAAAACUAUUCAAUUAAAAUACCACUAAAUUAUUACACAAUUAACUUAUAUGUAUUUAACAAAUAUGUAUUGUAAUUUAUGGAGAGUGCUGCUAUUUGUCGAUCAUCCUGCAGGUGGCAGCAUUUACCCUCUUUUGUUUGAACUCUGCAUGAGCUGAUUUGUUUUUCAGAUAUGUGGAUUAAAAAAGACAUGUAAAAAUAACACCCAUGAGCUAAUAAAAGAAAAAUAGCUGAGUAAAGAAAUACAAUGAUCUAUAGAUGAUAUCAGGUCACCGUAGAAACACAGGUUAUCAGCUGAAGGUGGCAGCUUCAUUUUCUUCUCGGUCAAUAUUGCCUGACCUUGCUAUUGUCUCUGUUGUUUUAAAGCUGCAGAUGGAAUCAAGAGGUUACAUUACCUUGACUAGUUCUGACAUUAAUGUGGAA